ACAAUCGGUUUUCUAGCCAACCUUCAUUCUCGUUCCCCAUUAUACAGUUCUCGUCCUGAUAGACCAAAGGGGUUAGGAGGGGGUUUGAGCACUAUGCUUAUCACUAUCACACGAGACAUGGAUCAAGAGUCGAAUUAUGACGGACAGCGGGAAAACGAACUACAGAAUCGAAUGACGAGACACUAUCAUGAGUAUGAUGUGGAGGAAUCAAAGACUUAUGGUGACCGUCCAAUGUUUGAAGGUCGUCUCACACCCGACACACCCCUGACUUCACAAACCCUGAACAAGCCUGACUUUUAGGUAAUGGGCGCCGGGUCGCGGUUCCGUCGAGCUGGGCUGGUCGGAGUCGCCGAGCGUGAACGCCAGAACCUUGGAGGCAGUGCACAGCAAUUUUGAACUGGAGUCAGUUGCACCACGGACUUUUAGGUCCUUCUGCUCAUUGCACAUCUGCAAGCGAAUGAAAUGCCUAAAUUUGUUGUCAAUACCUAACCCAUAGGACAGCUUUCCUACGACGAAUACGUGAACGAUUCUCUCAAGUAUAUAGAUACUUCGAGGUUGACCUGAGGAGCAUGGUAAACUGUUACCUAUCAGCCGUCCCUGCCGUGCCAACGGGAAAAGAGAGGCGAAAAGAUUGGCCUGUCAAACCCUGAAUUCUCCAUUCUAAAUAUAGUCCAAGUACAGCCCGGGAA